UAGUCCAUAAAUCUCCCAAAUUAGAGGAAACCACUAACAACUUUAUGUGAUUUUUCAAGACGUUUUCUGCACUUUUAAAAAUAAGUAUAUAUGGACACCCAGGAUUCCAAGAUGGUGUCUGUCAUACCAGUGAAGGAGAAGUUGAUGGAUGUCAUACUAGGAGAGCUGCCAAGCUGAAUACUGUUGGGGGAUUUCAUUCCAAAGCAUGGCUGGAAUGUUUCAAAGGAAGGAAUCCCUGGGAUUUCUAUGGUGCUGACAGCGUAUGUGCUUUUCAACUACUUUCUUUCAUACAAGGAACUCAAACCCAAGUGGCUACACAAGUACCACUGACUGAAGAGGGCCCAGUGUUUAGGAUGCAUUCUGUAUUCCUGACCAGGACCUUUGCCUCACACCCCUGAAUCCUUUUUUUUUUUUUUAAUUAAAAAAAAAUUUUUAACGUUUAUUUAUUUUUGAGAUACAGAGAGAGAGACAGAGCACAAGCAGAGGAGGGGCAGCGAGAGAGGGAGACACAGAAUCUGAAGCAGACUCCAGGAUCUGAGCUGUCAGCACAGAGCCCAAUGUGGGACUUGAACCCAGGAACCAUGCAUGAGAUCUUGACCUGAGCCGAAAUCAGACACUCAACUGAGUGAGCCAUUCAGGUGCACAACCCCCUGAAUCCUUUAAUUGAGAAUGAACACCCACUAGGGAUACCUGGGUGGCUCAGUCGGUUAAGCAUCUGACUUCAGCUCAGGUCAUGAUAUCCAAAUUGGUGAGUUUGAGCCCUGCAGGGGGCUCUGUGCUGAUAGCUCAGAGCCUGGAACCUGCUUCCAAUUCUGUAUCUCCCUCUCUUUCUGCCCCUCCCCCACUCAGGCUGUUUCUCUCUCUCUCUCUCUCUCUCUCUCUCUCUCUCUCUCUCUAUCAAAAAUAAACAUUAAAAAAUUUAAAAGAAAAAAAACCUCAAUAAAAGAUGAUUAGUGCAUGGAAAAUAAAUUAAAAAUAAAGAAAUAAAAAGCACAUAUAAAUGAAUCAUACUUAAAUUUUGAUUUAUGCAAAUAUUUAAAUUAUUUUUAGUAAUAUUUAUUUCUUAUUAUAAUGAGUAGUAUGGUAAACGUCCAUUUAUUUGCAUUCAUGUCUGUAUCGCUUCACAAAAGUCUUGAAACUGGAAGUGCAGUGCCAAGAGUUAUACGAUGUUUAAAAUUUUGAAAGCUAGUAACAAAUUCCCAUUGGAAACAGUAGUGGGGAUCUGAAGUGAUUGAGUCUAGAGAAGUUCCAUUCCCAAAGAUGAGAUUAGGGGCCCAAGACAAUGGCUAGGGUAUACUCAUUCUACUUGAGAAAGCAAUGCAUUCCGUUUUACCAUGUUUUGGAGGGUCAGGAGGUGCAAAAUCAUUUUUUUCUGGCCUUCAUAGUUAAGUUAGCUCAUACAAACAUAUAAGUCAGUAAAAUUUAUUUGCUGCAUUUUCUAAAAAUUUUAUGUAUGUAUGUGUGUAUGUAUGUAUGUAUGUAUGUAUUUAUAAUUUUAGAAAGGACCCAGUUGAAAAGCUCUCAGGUUUUAAGCAAGUUAAAAACAGCAGGGGGCGCUCAUAGGUUGUCAGCAACACCAAGGAAGAUUUUUUUUUUUUUUUUUUUGUACGUAUAUGCUCAAGAUAUAUAAUAAGAAAUUUCAGCAGCUUCGAUUGUAUUAAAAUUUUCACCAGGAGAAACAAAUAGACAAAAAUUACCUGAUGCUCCUUCAUUCUGUGCUCUUCUGGCUUCAUUUUGAGCAUUUUUUUUUUUUAAUGCUUUUUUUUUUCCCUUUGCUCUGCUACUAGCUCAGUGUGUAUCUUAUCAAAUAAGAAUUUGUUUCCUGAUCAGAUGAUGAUAAUGCCUAAUGUGACUAAUAUGAAUAAUAAUCAUAGGCAUAGUUACUGGCCAUUGUGUUCUAUGUAUAUAUAUUUCUUUAAUUCAACAAAUGAUAAUUAAAUAUUGAUUGCAGUAUCUUUGAUAGAAGUUGAGCAUUCUGUGAUAAACAAAAUGAACAUGACCCACACCCCCAGAGAUUUUUGCAGUGUAAAGAAAGACACAGAAACUUUGCAAGUAAAAAAUGGUAAAUAAAUAAUUAUAAAUUAUGAUAAGAACAAUAAAGGAAAAAAUAGAAUUUUUAAA